CUCAAAGCCAUACCCUUUGCUCGUCAUCUUUCUGUUUUUACCAGUUGAUAAAAGACGAUAAUGCCUGGGUUAGUAGUAGUACAUAGCGUGUUCUGCAAGAAAACCGAAGAGAUGGGGAAGAAACCAAUAUCAAUAUCCUAUCAUUGUUAGUUCCUAUCCCAUCUCCACUCUCACAAACACACCUCAGAUUUUCCCCAAUCUCCAUUAUUUUAGUUUGUUGAUGCCCAUAAGGAACCUGUAACUUCUUCAGUCAUUAUUCUCCCCUCUCUUCAACAAUUUCAUUCCUAACACAUUUUGUUGUCUAUAUAAACUCCAACCUUAGAGGAGUUCUUCAGACAUCAUUCACUCUGCACAUUGAAAAACACACAGAAAAGAAAAAGAAAAAUGGGUAUACAGAAAUCUCUGUUGAUUGCUCUGUCGUUGGCUCUGGUCCUCGUCGUAGCAAACUGUUUCGACUACCAUGAGCACGAGCUGGCAUCGGAGGACAGCUUGUGGGAUCUUUACGAGAGGUGGAGGAGCCAUCACACCGUCUCCACGAGCCUCGACGAUAAGCACAGGAGGUUCAAUGUGUUCAAGCAGAACGUCAUGCACGUUCACGAGACCAACAAGAUGGACAAGCCUUACAAGCUGAAGCUGAACAUGUUCUCCGACAUGACGAGCCACGAGUUCAAGGAUGCUUACGCCAACUCCAAGGUCCACCACCACGUCAUGUUCAGGGGAGCACCGCGUGGGAACGAGACGUUCAUGUACGAGAAUGUUGGGAGGGUGCCACCCUCUGUUGAUUGGAGGAAGAAAGGUGCUGUUACCCCUGUGAAGAAUCAAGGCCAGUGUGGUAGCUGCUGGGCAUUUUCAACUGUGGUAGCAGUGGAAGGGAUCAACUAUAUCAAGACAAAGAAGCUCGUGUCCUUGUCUGAGCAGGAAUUGGUUGACUGCGACACUUCAGAGAACCAAGGAUGCAAUGGAGGGUUGAUGGAGUAUGCAUUUGAAUUCAUCAAGGAAACCGGCGGGCUUACCACGGAGGACAAGUAUCCUUACCAUGCUGCAGAUGGUAGCUGUGAUUCUGUUAAGGAGGAUGCACCAAUUGUGUCGAUUGACGGACAUGAGAAUGUGCCCAAGAACGACGAAGAUGCGCUGCUGAAAGCUGUUGCAAACCAGCCUGUCUCAGUUGCCAUCGAUGCUGGGAGCUCAGAUUUCCAGUUCUACUCAGAGGGUGUGUUCACUGGAAGCUGUGGAACAGAGCUGAACCAUGGAGUUGCAGCUGUAGGGUACGGAAUCACCGUCGAUGGAACCAAGUAUUGGAUUGUGAAGAACUCGUGGGGAGCUGAAUGGGGUGAGAAAGGCUACAUCAGAAUGCAGAGAGGCAUCUCAGACAAGACAGGGCUUUGUGGCAUAGCAAUGGAGGCUUCAUACCCCGUCAAAACCUCCUCCAACCCAACCCCCCACUCUUCUUCUCUCAGAGAUGAACUCUAAAUUCACUAUACACCCAUGAGAGAAGACAUAGAUUUCUCAUGCUAAUUUCAGUUCCAUUUCCAGUUUCAGCACUUUUCUUCUUCUUACUUCAUGUACCCAGUGACUUAAAACCUCAGCAGCUCUACUUGCAAUGAACAAUAACAAUAUACGAAUUGAUGAAACCCACGAUUUACUUCUGGAAUUAUAGACUAUAUCCAUUCAUUUACUGAUGAAAAUCAAAGAUCAAACACAAGCAGAAAUCGAAAAAAGGCAACAACUUUUCCUGAUCACAUACCAGGAGACGUUCUGAUUUUUUCCACAGAUAAGUUAAGAGGUUGAAAUCUUUUUCUUCAGCAGUAGCAUCGAAUGGGAUCGUUGCAGCCCUUUGCAGCGGAUUGCUUGCUGCCUCUGCCGAUGCCUUUCUCCAGAUACUGCUGAUGGUACUCUUCCGCCCUGUAGAAUCUCUUCGCCGGGAGAAUCUCCGUCACGACCUUUUUGUCCUUUCAAUUCCGACUGCCUGGCCUCUUUCGAUUCCCGAGCCAGCCGAGCCUGAUUCUCGUCGUAGUAGUAGAUCCCGGAUCUGUACUGGGUACCGGCGUCGUUCCCCUGGCGGUUGAGGGUAUACGGGUCGACCCGGCUCCAGAAAAGAGAGGAGAUU